CUUCCACUUUGCUUCCAGUUGCUACUGCAGCUGAUACCUCACCAACAAAAUCUGUUAGUGCCACCACCCCAUCUUCAGCUGCUGUUACAAGCAGUACUGCAGCAGUGAACAGAGAAGUUGAAAAUCUCACAAAAAAGCUAGGUUCUUCUCUGGGAAGUGGAGGACAUACUACUCGUCAAACCCAAGGAAAUGGUGGCCCCCGUCCUCCUAAAAGACCAGGCUAUGGUACAAAAGGCCGCCCUAUACCUUUGAGAGCAAACUUCUUCCGCCUCAAUGUCUCACCGGGGCUUUCAGACCUGUAUCACUAUGAUGUUGAAAUAACUCCAGAGAGAUGUCCCAGAAGUGUUAAGAGAGAUGUUGUAAAUGAAAUCAUAAAUAAGUACAAAAAGACAACAUUUCAAGGCCACCAUCCUGCUUUUGAUGGUGAAAAGAAUCUGUACAGCAGGAUAAAGCUGCCUGUUCCUGCUGAACUUGAUGUUAAACUACCAGGUGAUGAUGGAGGUAGAGACAGGGUUUUCAAGGUUAAAAUUCAGUUUGCUGCUGCCGUGAGUCUUUUGGAACUUAACAACUUUUUGAGUGGAAAACAGAAUGGCAAAAUACCUCAGGAUGCAGUCCAAGCAUUGGACAUUGUGGUGCGACAGAUGCCGUCAGUGUAUUACACCCCUAUUGGAAGAUCAUUCUUUCCAUUUGAUGGUCAAGGAAGACCCCUUGGAGAGGGGUGUGAAGUGAAAUUUGGUUUUUAUUCAAGUAUCCGGCAUUCUGAGUGGAAGGCCAUGCUGGUGAACAUUGAUGUCUCUGCAAAAGGCUUUUACAAGGAUCAACCUGUUGUACCUGAUUUCCUUUGUGAAACCCUUGAUGUGAAACACCAUCAGCUUGAAGAUCACAGAUUUGAACUCGACAGGUGGAGGCUUGAGAAGGCUAUACGUGGAGUUCGUAUACAAACUACUCAUGCUGCCUCUAUUAAGAGGAAGUACACAGUUUGGGGCGUGUCAGAAAAAUCAGCCGACAGGAUGCAGUUUGAUGUUACAGACGAGGGAAAGGGUCGCACAUACAAAACAACUGUUGGAGAGUAUUUCAAGGAGAGAUACAAAUUGAUUUUAAGGUAUCCUCACUUACCGUGCUUACAAGUUGGACAGAAAAAGGACAGAUAUCUGCCAAUGGAGGUCUGUACUAUUAUUCCUUGUCACAGAAAACAUUUAUCGGAACAACAGACUGCAAACAUGAUCAGAAGUACUGCUCGCCCUGCGCCUGAGCGACAGCGUGACAUUCAACACUGGGUCCAAGAAAUGAAUCGAGCAAGUAGUAAAUACUUAAAAGAUGAAUUCCAAACCUCAGUCAACACAGAGAUGGUUAAGGUAGAAGGACGUGUGCUUCCAGCACCCAGAAUCAACCUUGGACCGCAGGAUCAGCCAUUGGUUCCUCGUGAUGGUUCAUGGGAUAUGCGCAACAAAUCACUGCAUGAUGGAGCCCGUAUUGAUAAGUGGGCAUUGGCUUGCUUUGACAGGGGAUGUCGGGAAGAACAGCUGAGAAAUUUUUCUAGGCAAAUGGCCAGUGUAUCCAGUCGACAGGGUUUGAGGAUGUCAGAGCAGCCAGUUGUUGUGGCAUACGGCAGGGGCGCCAGAGAUGUAGAGAGCUUGUUUUCUAAGUGGGUAGUAGAUUUUCCAGGCUUACAACUGAUCAUGGCUGUUCUGCCAGAGAGAGACAAACAAAUCUAUCCAGAGUUAAAACGUGUUGGCGACAAUGUUAUCGGAAUUCCAACGCAGGGUGUACAGUCAAAAAAUGUAUACAGUUGUAAACCUCACCUUUGCGCCAAUCUCGCGUUGAAGAUCAAUUCCAAACUUGGAGGAAUCAACCAUGUUAUAGAUCCGCGUGAAAAGUCGCCUGUUUUCCGAGAACAUGUUAUUAUCUUUGGCGCCGAUGUCACCCACCCCUCUCCAACUGAGAAUGGAAUUCCUUCCAUUGCUGCUGUUGUGGCAAGUAUGGAUGCCAAUGCCACAAAGUACUAUGCACGAGUGCGAGCACAGAACCACAGAAAUGGAAAAGCUGCUCAAGAAAUAAUUAAUGACUUGGCGGCAAUGGUGAAAGAGCUUCUUAUUGAGUUUUACAAAGCCAAUCGGAAGCUUAAACCUAACAAGAUCAUCUUCUACCGGGAUGGAGUCAGCGAGGGUCAAUUCGACCAAGUACUUGUUCAUGAAGUGCGAGCCGUGCAACAGGCCUGUAUGGAUCUUGAAAAAGAUUAUCGCCCUAGAAUCACUUUUGUGGUGGUUCAGAAGCGCCAUCAUACGAGAUUGUUCUGUGAAAACCAACGAGAUGAGGUUGGAAAAGCAAGAAAUGUUCCCCCUGGUACAACAGUGGACAGCGGUAUCACACAUCCUUACGAGUUCGACUUUUACCUGUGUAGUCAUUAUGGAAUCCAGGGAACAAGCCGACCCACACACUAUCACGUGUUAUAUGACGAUAACUCAUUCACAGCGGACGACCUUCAGCAGCUUACAUACCAACUGUGUCACGUGUACGCAAGGUGCACUCGGAGUGUUUCCAUGCCAGCCCCCGCCUAUUAUGCCCAUUUAGUAGCUUUCAGAGCUAGACACCACGUGACUGGAAAUGGAAGUGUGGACCUGGAGAAGUCCGCAAAAGCAAUCGAGGUGAAUGCUAAGAUGAAGGGAGCCAUGUACUUUACUUAGCGAAGCACCAGGAAUAUGUCAUGUAUUGGAACAGUGUAACUGAUCUUCCCUGUUUAGAAUGAUGCUAAAGGGGGAAAAGCUGUUUUGUCUGCGAUAAUUUUCGUCAAACAACCUUAAAGAAAAGCAAGUGAAAUUAUCUUUGUGGUAAUACUUGUUAUUAUGUUUUUGUAUAGAUAUUACCGACAUUAUUAUACUUGACGAAAAUAAUACAGGAUGUAAUAUUUUUUCAGAUAAAUAUAUUUAAAAUUCUAAAUAUGCGUUAGGUAGAGAAAUUGAGUGUUCCAGUUAAUUAUUGCAGGAAAUACGAUUGAAUUAAAGACAGUCAGUAUGCCGUGAAUUUUUCUUAGUAAGAUUAUAUCAUGAUUUUCGAUGCUGUAGUUGUCCAAAGGAUGUCGAUAGUGAAAUAUAAUUUUGGAAUCGGAACCAUUAAUUUGUUCUAGCAAUUUUUUAAAAGUACUCGUGAUUUAGUAUGGCAUUAUCCCGAAAAGUAGUUUGAUUUUGAACACAGGGGCCGUGUCUGUGAUGGACGGCGAUAACGCCCGUUUUGAUGGCCAAAUCUGUAAAUAGCAUAUGAAAUGUACUCUUUCUCCCUUGCGUUGUUUUCUCUAUUACAGUUCUUCUUAAGUUUAGAUUAUUUAGUUGUGAUGACAGGCAGUCUAAUUAACAAUUAUUCCACGAGCGCGCGUUGGAUAUGAGAUGAUAGAUAGCCAACGAGGCGCGUAGAGC